AUUAGUUUUUUCAGUUACAAUCGAAAUGAGCGCGUUCGCGGUUGUAAUCACAGUGUUGUGGUCAUCGCCUUUGUCGUCAAAACUUUGGCUAUCACACUAGAUGUUGUUUUACUUGAAAACUAUUUCGUUGUUGUAAACUUUUGCGCGUUCGUUUCUAAUUGGAUACAUACAUAUGUAUAUAUAUACGUAUGCAUAAACAUAUGUAUGUAUGUAUGAGCUCGUCCCAAUUGCAAAGUACUGCAUAUUUACGCUUUAAAUUACAUUUAUUUAACCGUGAGCACCUAAUCAUCGUGGUAUUGUAUUCGUACGUUGAGCAUACGGACUCUAGGAGUGACCCCAAGGCACACGACGACAUCGAUUUUCAUUAACGCGCAUUUUUUUUUGCCAGCGUACGCAGAUUCGCCAGCAGAGGAAGUGGAAAUACACAAAGUCAAAAUUAAUACAAGAUGUUUUUGUUUUGUUUCUUAGAUGCGAAGUGUAUGAAGGUUACGCAAAAGUGGAUAGAAUUGAGCUCGAAAUAAAGUUGUGCGUGUCUGUAAAGAAUGUCUCGAUAGACAGAGAGAGAGAGAGAGGUGUUUUUCGUUUGGGGCAAGUAGGCGAAGUGGGGAGGAACAGCACGAAAGUGUACACAAAAGUAACGUGCUCUGUGCUCGUGGUGAAUACUCUUUACGAGAUUGUGGUACAAUAUUUUCGAAACUCUCUCGCGGUGAAUAAUGCGGUUUCGUUGAAAACAGCAAUAAAAAAAAAUUGAUUGUGUUAUAACAGCGCAACAACAAAACAAGUACUGCAUGCAAUUAUUAUCAUGUUGAUAUGCCAUAACCGCAGGGGGUGGUGGUAAAUGAAAAAGUCACGAAAAAGAGCGCGAGUAUCUUAUCGUGUUCACUUGCUGCUAGCUGCGCUGCUAAUACCGGCUCGCGAGUGUAGCUGCAUAUUCUUUUCAUUUCUGUUUUGGUGCAAACGUACAUAUAAUUUUUAAUGAAAUAACGAGAUACUUUUUAGCAACAAAAACUAUGCAUACGGAUGCAUAUUAACGAUUAAAUAACAAAAAAAAAUUAAAAAUAAAAACACAACAAAGUUUUGGUUCUUUUUAACAAAAAUUUAAAUCAAUAAGGAUGAUAAGGCGAAAGAAAUUGAUUAAUGUUUGAGGUAAAAAGCAUUAAAAAGUGUUUUUUGAAAUCACUACACUUCAUAAAUACAUAUAUAAUAUUUACGAAGUGAAAACAAAUUAUCGAAAAAGGUGAUAUUUAUUACAACAAAAAAUAAUUAACCACUCUGGCGUACUAAAAUUUACUAGUCGCAGCUCCAUCAUUAUUCGACAUUUCCUACGCUGAAUCUGAAGUUGGAGUUUUGCUAAGAGAGUUGUGCCCAAUUAUUUAAAGAUUUUUCGUGCAUCUUCAAAAUCGCAUAUGGAAAGUGCGGCGCCGUGUACCGUGAUUGCCAUAAACAGAGUUGCUUUUGUCGACAAUUUAGUCAAUAACUAGUUCAUCACACUUAGAGUUUACAAUCGAAAAGAGCUGAUUGGUUCACUGCACGCAUACAUCUCAAAAUAAAGCUGCUUUAUAACCACAUUUACCAACGAAGCAACACACAGACUCAUAUAAAUAAACAUACUUAAGGAAGUAAAUGUGUUGAGUGCUGAAGGAAGAACUUCCGGACCCUGGUCGUGGUGAGAGAGAUCUCUCCGAAAAACACACGCACACACAGCCAUAAAGCGAAUUUUCUAUUAAACUGCGCUACCUGUUUAAAAAAAAAUAUAAAAGUUGUGUAUUUGUCCAAGCCAUACUCAAUUAAAACAAAAACAAAAUCAACUGCAACAAGAACAACUGCAUAACCGUCCAUUAGCGAAAGCUAAAUCACCAGCCUUGCGUAAGCUUAAUUGACAUUUCUUCGUAUGCUGUGAAGCUUUUAAGCACCACAUAUACAUAUUUUUUUUUGUAAGUAAAUACAAAAAAUAAGCAGAAAACAUAAAGACGCGCAUAAAAAUUUAACUCAAGUGCGUUCAAAGUGCACAAAUAGUGGUAAACUAAAGAGAAGAAGGAAACUUCAAGUUGAGGAGAAUAAAUAAACCACAUACAAGCAAACUACUUACAUCUGCGUACAUACAUAUAUUGGAAAUUCAGUUGAUUUGUUAGCUGCAGGCAUUGCAAAAGCGAUAAAGUGAUACAAAACCAAGCACAAAAUGGGUAGGAAAAAGAUACAAAUAUCACGGAUUACCGAUGAGCGGAAUCGGCAGGUUACCUUUAAUAAACGCAAAUUUGGCGUCAUGAAGAAAGCCUACGAAUUAUCGGUUUUGUGUGAUUGCGAAAUUGCGCUCAUCAUAUUCUCAUCCAGUAAUAAAUUAUAUCAAUAUGCCAGCACUGAUAUGGAUAAGGUCCUGUUAAAAUAUACCGAAUAUAAUGAGCCACACGAAUCGCUGACGAACAAAAAUAUAAUUGAGAAAGAGAAUAAAAACGGUGUCAUGUCACCAGACUCACCCGAACAGGAGGCCGAUUUCACACUAACACCCCGCACUGAAGCCAAAUACAAUAAAAUCGACGAAGACUUUCAAUUGAUGAUUCAACGCACUCAAAUGGCCGGCGCUAGCGCAUCCGGCCGAAAUCUUGGCAAUACGAAUUACACAUUGCCAGUUUCGGUGCCGGUACCGGGCGCAUAUGGUGAUGCCAUGCUGCAGGCGAGUCCACAAAUGUCCCACACAAACAUAAGCCCACGGCCGUCAAGCUCAGAGACCGACUCAGUUUAUCCAUCUGGUUCCAUGUUGGAGAUGUCAAACGGUUAUCCACAUUCACAUUCGCCGCUUGGUGGUUCGCCCAGUCCAGGACCGAGUCCGGGUUUAGCACAUCACCUUUCACACAAACAACAGUCGCCGGGCGGUCAAAAUGGACGCUCUUCCAAUCUACGCCUCGUCUUACCAACGCCACUUGCUCAAAAUAUGUCAGCUGCAGAUGAGAUUGCCUACGGAGAUCAGCGACACAAUCAGACAUCACUCAAUACACCAGUCGUGACGCUGCAAACGCCAAUACCCACUAUGACCGGCUACACGUUUGGACCGCAAGAUUUCUCCAUGAGUUCCUCCGAUGUCAUGAGUUUACAGCCAUGGACAACACACCAGGGACUCGUACAGCAUACGGGACUGCCACAUUUGGCUGUACCGAAUAGCACACCACCACCUGCCACCUCGCCCGUCUCAAUCAGAGUCAAAUCCGAGCCACAAUCACCGCCACGCGAUCUCUCCGGUUGCCAUCACCAACAGAAUAGCAACGGUUCGGCGGGCAGCAACGGCAGUGGUGGUGGUGGCGGCGGCGGCGGUGGCGGUGGUUCAUCGAGCAGUGUGUCAGCAGCCAAUGCGCUCUCUCUUGCCAAUAUGAAUGCGUCAGCAGUGAUAGCGGGCGGCGGCGGCAGUGGUGGCGGCCCAUCAGCGUCCGAACAAGCUGCCAAUCUGAGUGUUCUAAGUCAUCCGCAACAGCACAUGGUGAUGCCCGGCUCAAGACCGUCUUCCACCGGUGGGCAUCUAACGCCAACGCAAGGAGUGCUAGAUAAAUAUGAAGGAUAUCAAUACCGCUCGCAACUGGGUGCGAAUUCUAGAGUGUGGAAUUUUGCCGGUUCGGUCACCCCCACCAAUGUGCCAUCGCCCGAUCUGCGGCUAACGGCUAGCCAACAAGCGCAACAACAGCAACAGCAGCAGCAACAGCAUCAGCAGGCGCAACAGCAACAGCAGCAACAACAAUUGAAUGACUAUGAUGGACCGAAUCAGGCGCACAAGCGACCGCGGAUCUCCGGUGGUUGGCCACAAUAGCCGGCCCGUGUAGCGGCGCAGCAGCACUGUAAUAGCGGUAGUGGUAGUGGUAGUGGUAAUGGUAGUAAUAAUAGCAACAAUAGUAGCAGCGGUAGCGGCAGUGGCUCAGUAAGCACAUCAACAGCAACAAAUACAUUAAGAAAUUAUCAGCAGCAACAACAACAACAACAACAGCAAUCACAAAAGAAUCUUGGCGGCAGUUUUAGCACCAGCACCAGCACCAGCACCAAGACGAACAAUACAAAUAAUCAAUGUGCUGGUGCCGAGCAAAUGCUGCCACCCGCCGUAGCUGCCGCCAACUCGCCAUACUUACGCAGCACAAGCAGCAAUAGCAGCGCUCAUAGCAACAGCAACAGUCCGUCUCUUCUUAAAGCCAAUUGCGUUGGCAUGUACAACCAGAACAGCAACAACAGCAACAGUGACUCGGCGCUCAGCACCAGCCAACUGCAUGCUGUCGGUCGUCAUGGUAAAUACGCCAGCUAUUUGCAGCAUCAGCAACAACGUUUACUCUUGCAGCAGCAACAGCAGCAGCAGCAGCAUCACCAACAACAACAGCAGCAACAACAACAACAGCAACAACAGCUAGAGCAACAAGAGCUGAGUAAUCAGUACUUGGACGCCAUCAAUUGCAGCUUAUACGGUGCCGGUGGCAGCGCAGUUGGUCAUUCAAACCAACAAGCUCAACACACAUCAAUCAACAGUCCUGCUGGUGUGAGUGUGGGCCCUGGUGGUUCAAGUCAUCAUCAUCAUCAUCAUCAUACUCACCACACCCACCACACGCUGACGCAUCAGAGCUUGGGUAUAAGCGGCAUGAGCCACGGCCACAAUGCGGCUAAUGCAAUCAUAUCUAAGUGAGUAGUGGAGGAAAGGAGAACGGCAUAUGCACGAAGCCAGUAGAAAAAGAGACAGAAAAAAUUAAAUAAAAUUUUUGUUGAUAUAUAAAAAAAAAA